CAAAUCAACAAUAUUCCCACCAAACCACCAUAAACCAACUCUUCAAAGCCCCUCGUGCACGCUCCCUCUGUCUCUCAAACUUGCCUGAGAGUUCUCCAAUGUUUCUGCUGAAAAGCAUAAACUAUUUCAACAACAUGAUCCCAGCAUGUUUCAGCGAUCCCAGCACGCUCUCAAGUGCCUCUCAAGUGCCUCAAAAUCUCAUAACAUGUAUCUACCAAACUCAGCUCUGCAACUCACCAACCUAUCUCACGCUCGCUUGGUCAAAAACCCUCUUCUCUCACUCCCUAACCAUCUGCGCAGCAGAUUCUUUCUCCAUCACCAUCUCUCUGUAUUCAUCAGCCUUUUCUUUCUUUAGAAACAAACCAGGCUCCAAAUCCAUCUACUUGACCCACCACCAUUAUAAGAAAAUCAAGCUUUACUGGGACUUCACUAGAGCUGAAUUCACUCACAACUCGGCGGAGCCGGAAUCUCGCUUCUACAUUGCCAUUUCUUGCAAUGCAAGAUUGGAAUUCUUGCUAGGUGAUCUGUGCCCCGAGUUGACUAGGAGGUCGGGGCUGGUCAUAGCUCGCCAACUGGGUGAACCGGCUCUGUUGUCUCGGAGGGAGCAUGUGUUUGGGCUCAGGAGUUAUGUGUCCAGGGCUAAUUUCUUGGGGUCCAAGCAUGAAAUUGAAAUAGAGUGCGGUGGGGGUGUGCUUGUAGUAAAAGUUGAUGGUAAAAUUAGUCUUGUUAUCAAGAGGUUGGCUUGGAAAUUCAGAGGCAAUGAAAGAAUUCAUGUUGGCGGGCUAGAAGUUGAAUUCUUUUGGGAUGUGUUCAAUUGGGUCAACAACAACAACAAAUGUAACAAUUACACCAGUCUUGGCAGUGCUACCAAAGGUCAUGGUGUGUUUAUUUUUCAAGUUGGUGAUGGUGGCGUGUGGCCUGAAAUGGUUGGUCCAGAGAAGAGACUGAUCAGGAAGAGCAUGUCCAUGGCAGGGCCUACAUCGACUCCGCGGCCAAUGUCCUUGUCAUCACCUUCUCCGUCGUGCUCUAGUGUGUUGCAAUGGGCGGAGGAGAGUGGUGAUUGUGGGAGAAGCUCAUGUUCUUCAUCCACUACCAGGUCAUGUGGGAGCAACAGUGGAGGGUUCUCUUUGCUGUUGUAUGCUUGGAGGAAGGAUUGAAGCCUGAAAAUGUGGAUUCUUCAACGAGCUUUCAAAUUUGUGGAUCAUUGAUACCUAUUUAUUUGUUAAAGUGUUUGGAUUUUGAAAAUGCUUCAAAUUAAUACGUGUUGUGUUUGCUGGUUUUUUAAA